AUGGGGCCAUCUUCUAGGUGCCGCUGGUUGCUGAAUGUCAUUUUUCCAUUCGCCGCCAGCCCACCUCCAGUUCCAGCCAUGAAGCUCGCCAUCCCUUCGCUCCUGGUCGGUUUGGUGCUUGUUAGCAUUGCCUCGCCGCUAAACCUGGUCGCGGCGCAGGAUGAGCAAAGCGACCCCACGCCUGCAUCACUUGUCGCCUCAGGUGUACUCGAGAACCGCACGGUGACAACCAGCGCCUUUGUCAAUGAAACCACGACUGUUGUCACGACGGUCCUUUGGACGGAAGAAGAGCAGGUUGAGGAAGAAGAAGAGGACGGAGACGCUUCACUGAGCAGCACUCCCGACGCCACUGCGGAGCCUCAGACUGACGACAACAGUCCAACCACGUACCUGGUUAACGAAACGAUCAUCGUCGUCACGACUGUCCAGGGGUACCGCAAUGUGACCACCAGUGUGCUAAGGGUCUUGACGCCUGUCGACGAAGUUGCUGAUGACGAUGAUCAAGUAGAAGAUGGCGAUGACGAUGGGGUCAAGGAGUUGCUUGACCCAGCGGUAGCUUCAACGGUCUCAAACGCCAAAUAG